AUGGCGGCGGCGGCGGCGGUGGUGGUUCUGGGGUGCCCCACGUCUGCCUCAGGGACCCCCAUGUCCACCUGUAGGACCCCCACCUCUACCUUGGGUGUCACUUGUAGGACCUCCCACCUUCUGCCGUCCCCCUAUGUCCACCCCACAGCUUCGAGGAACGUCCUGUGGGUGAUCGAGGGGACCUCCUGCGACCUGCCCUGGCAGGCCGCCCUCUUCAAAGGCGAGAGGUUCAUCUGCGGAGGGACUCUGGUGGACAAGAACUGGGUGUUGACGGCCGCCCAUUGCCACGUCCCGGGUUUCAUCAACGUACGGUUGGGGGGCCGGAACCACAAAGAUUCGGGUAACACCGAACAACGACGUCGUUCAGCCAAGGUCUUCAAAUACCCACGUUACAACGAGACCAACAAAGAUGGCGACCUGAUGCUCAUCAAGUUGUUCCUCCCCGUCCACGUCAACAAACAGGUGAAGCCGCUGCCGUUGGCUUCUCACUGCCCCGUGCCCGGCAAGACCUGCCAGAUCUCGGGUUGGGGGUCCACCACCAGCCCUGAAGUCAACUUCCCCGAGGACCUCCACUGCACCAAAGUCACCAUCGUCUCGGAAGAACAGUGCCGCCGUAUCUACCCCAACUCCAUCACCCCCAACAUGGUGUGCGCGGGGGAGUCCCGCAGUCGGGCGGAUUCCUGCCAGGGUGACUCCGGAGGACCUCUCAUGUGCGACGGACGGCUCCAAGGUAUCGUCUCUUGGGGUCCGGGUAUCUGCGGGGACCCCAAGAAACCCGGCGUCUACGUCAACCUCUGCAAAUACACCUGGUGGCUUCAGGACACCAUGAGAAGGAACUGA